CGUCGGAAUGAUUAAGACAUUGCGCAUGCUUAAUGGAAACUUCCUCUCCACGUUGAGAAAGUGGACACUGUCACCGGCGAAAGUUAGGGAAAUUAAAGCCUAAAUAUGGUGUUGGAUAUUGAACUUUUUAGGGCAGAUAAAGGGGGGAACCCAGACAAAAUCAAAGAAAACCAGGCCAAGAGAUUUAAGGACGUCACUUUGGUGGACAGAGUGGUUGAGAAUGACACUCAAUGGAGGAAAAAGAGGUUCAGAGCUGAUUUGCUGAAUAAACAAAAGAAUCUGUGUAGUAAUGUUAUAGGAGGAAAAAUGAAGGCAAAACUACCCCAAGGGGAUGACAGCACUGUGCCUGAGAACAUCAAGGGGAAUUUAGAGGAGUUUACCAAAGAACAAAUCCAGGAGUUGACUGUAGUACAAAUUAAAGAACUGAAAAACCUGAUUGAUGAACAGAUGAAAUUAAAUGAUAGAGAAUUAGUGAAGCAUGAACAAGAGAGAAAUGAAGCAAUGAAGGAAGUCAGCAACCAUCUUCACGAGAGCUGUAUCAUCAGCAAUGAUGAGGAUGAAAAUGGGGUAGAAAGAACAUUUGGAGAUUGUGAAUCCAGGAAAAAAUACUCACAUGUAGACCUAGUAGUGAUGGUGGAUGGGGUGGACAUUGAGAGGGGCUCGGUGACUGCCGGAGGAAGAGGGUACUAUCUCAAGGGUCCAUUAGUGUUUCUAGAGCAGGCUCUCAUUAACCUCGCCAUGCACACGUUGUACACCAAGAGUUAUGUCCCUUUGUAUACCCCUUUCUUCAUGAGGAAAGAAGUUAUGCAGGAAGUUGCCCAGCUGUCACAGUUUGAUGAUGAAUUGUACAAGGUUGUAGGAAAGGGCAGUGAAAAGUCAGAUGACAGCACUGUGGACGAGAAAUAUCUCAUCGCGACAUCAGAACAACCGAUUGCUGCCUACCAUCGAGACGAGUGGAUUCCCACAGAGAGUCUCCCUAUCAAAUAUUUGGGCUACUCCACCUGCUUUCGACAGGAAGUCGGUUCCCAUGGGAGAGAUACGAGGGGAAUUUUCAGGGUCCACCAGUUUGAAAAGGUAGAGCAGUUUGUGUUGACGUCACCUUUUGAGAACAAGUCCUGGGAGAUGUUUGAUGAGAUGAUCAAUAAUGCAGAAGAAUUCAACAAGCUGUUAGGCAUUCCUUAUCGGAUUGUUAAUAUUGUGUCAGGAGCCCUGAAUAAUGCUGCUGCAAAGAAGUUGGAUCUGGAAGCUUGGUUCCCAGGAUCCGGAGCAUUCCGUGAACUUGUCUCGUGUUCAAACUGUCUGGAUUAUCAGGCUCGUAGACUUAAAGUUCGAUAUGGACAAACCAAAAAGAUGAACCAAGAGGCUGACUACGUCCACAUGUUAAAUGCCACGAUGUGUGCGACCACUAGAACUAUAUGUGCCAUUCUGGAGAAUUUCCAAGUGGAGGAUGGGGUGAUAGUGCCUGAGGUUCUGAGGAAAUUCAUGCCUCCUGGAUAUGAUGAAAAACUUCCUUUUGUAAAGCCAGCUCCCAUAGACCAAGAAGAGACCAAGAAAACAAAGAAACAUAAAGAUGCACAGAAGAAGAAAGACAAAAAUGUGGCAGAGGGUGUAGAAAAAAUGGAUCUAAACAAAUGAAUGUGCUUACUAUGACUUAUUUAUUACCCUUAACUGUGUCUGUGAUGAUUUAUGUGCUGUCACAUGUACACAUGUGUCAAAUCUGUGAAACUUGUCAAGACUUAAAGAUUGAUUCACAAAGAUAUUUUAUUCCUACGCUGUUGGUAGGACAUUCCGUCGGAAACACGAUUUUAGAGUAUGUGAUCUAUGUUAUCGUGUAGCAGGAUGACUAACAUCCAGGGAUUUGGUGCACUAUUAUAAUCAAAUACUGAGAAUUUAAGUUAUCUGCUCUUUUCUGUUUAAUAAAAUUCAGCAAAAGAAAAAAGAAA